AGAUGAUGGAAGAUCUACACUCUCAAGACAAAAUGAAUGAGAAAAUGGCCAGUUUCUUCUUGAAGAGGUUCCACUCUAAACUUAACAUCGCUGAGAGUAUGAUUCCAGCAAUCAUUGAGAAGUACUUAAAGGGAACCGUUGACCCUUCCAAAAAGGGAGACCUUCUUCUGGACAUGUUGGGAGAUAUAUUUUUGUGUAUCCCAUCUGUGACUUUUUCCCGUAGCCUCAGAGAUGCUGGAGUGCCCACCUACAUGUAUGAGUUUCAGUAUCGCCCAAGCUUCGUGUCUGACCAGAGACCCCAGACUAUUCAGGGAGACCAUGGAGAUGAAAUCUUCUCUGUAUUUGGGACUCCAUUUUUAAAAGAGGGUGCAUCAGAAGAGGAGACCAACCUCAGCAAGAUGGUGAUGAAAUUCUGGGCCAACUUUGCUCGAAAUGGGAACCCUAAUGGGGAGGGACUGCCACACUGGCCAGAGUAUGAUCAGAUGGAAGGUUAUCUGCAGAUUGGUGCCACCACCCAGCAAGCCCAGAGACUGAAAGGGGAGGAAGUGGCUUUCUGGAAUGAGCUCCUAGUUAACAAUCCACCUCAGACUGAACAUCCUGAACACACAGAACACACUGAACAUAAAUGAAUGGGAGGUCCUGCCAGCCUCUGGACCAGAGAAUCAAAGAUGGAGCUAUUCCACAAAGGAUGGCUAUUCACCAAAGAUAAAUCUUACAGAGGAAACUGCACAACUAUACAAUGGGGAUAUUUGUAUCCCAGCUUGAAAAUAAAUUUCCUUUUAGAAAUCAAA